GAUAUUAGUGUAUAUAAUGCAAUUAUAUAUAAAACUAUGAUGGUAAAUGUGAAAAGUGUGAGAAUUGGAAUAAAUAAUAGAAACAAAUAGAAACAUAUAAAAGAGUCAACAGAUAAAUUGAGGAAAAUUUAUCAACAGAGAUUGUCUGCUGUGGUAUAGGACAAGAAUAAAGACGUAAAUUUAUUGUCUCCUUAAUUAUUGCAUGCCUUUUAAUUUCCAUCAUCUUCUAUUUUGGUGAAUUUGGUGACAAUUCUGAGGAUGUAGCAAGAGUUUUUCUCUGCAUAGGAAUAGUCAUCUCUAUCUUAGGGUGCAUCAUUAUAAAAUGCUGUGGCUGAGGAGAAGAAAUCAAAGAUAGAUAGAAUGAGAGUAUAAUAUGUUAAAAACUUAAAUAAGAGUGACUUUUAAAUAUUCUAUAUAUCCUGA